AUGUGGGUGCUGGCUGGCCUCGUGCUCCUGACUGCGGCCUCAGGGCAGGCUGCCACACUGGAGAAGCCGGUGCUGACCGUGCACCCGCCCUGGGCCACCAUCUUCCGGGGCGAGAGCGUGACCCUGCACUGCGCCGGUCACCACGCCCUGAUCUUGGAGCCGCGGCCCAUCAGGACCCUGUGGUACCGCGGUCACCUGCUGCUGCCCACGCACACGAGGACCCUCGAGGUGCAGGCCGCCGGGGUGUACCGCUGUCAGACGCGGGGCGCCCCGGUCAGCGACCCCGUCCACCUCUCUGUGUCCAACGACUGGCUGAUCCUGCAGGCGCCCCCCGUCGCGGUGUUCGAGGGGGACCCCCUGGUGCUGCGCUGCCGGGCGCGCGCCGACAGGCCCGUCCAGCGGCUCCACUUCUACCACGAGGGCCGCGCCGUGCGCUACUACCCCGCGGGCGCCAACUACACGGUGGCCCAGGCGCGCGCCGGCGACAGCGGCCACUACCAGUGCUCGGGCACCAUGCGCAUCCCCGCCGAGGGCGCGGGCGAGAGCGCACCGCUCUUCUCGGCCAAGGUGGCCGUGCGCGUGCAAGAGCUGUUCCCCGCGCCCGUGCUGCGCGCCGCCGGCCCGGGCCCCGCGGGCGGCCUGGUGCUGCGCUGCGACACGCGCCCGCACGCGCGGAGACGCGCCACGCCGCUGCUCUUCGCCUUCUACCUCCACGGCCGGGCCGUGCGCGCCUUCGGGCCCGCGCCCGAGAUCACCGUUCCCGCGCGCCCCGCGCCCGACCUGGACGCCUACUGGUGCGAGGCGGCCACGGCCUCCCGCAGCGUGCGCAAGCGCAGCCUCUGGACGCCCCCCGCCGAGCUUCUGCCUUGGGGCUCCGCGGGUGAGUUUCCUGCCCCUGACCCAUACAUAGCGACUGGCUGA